AUGGCACCUGCAAAGAUCACAAAGGACAAGUACUCGGUCAUCCUGCCGACGUACAAUGAGAGGAAAAACCUCCCCAUUGUGGCAUGGCUGCUGAACCGCACCUUUACAGAGAACAACCUGGACUGGGAACUCAUCAUCGUCGACGACGGCUCCCCCGACGGAACCCAAGAUGUCGCCAACCAGCUCGUCAAGGCCUACGCUCCCCACGUCGUUCUCAAGCCUCGCUCCGGCAAGCUGGGCCUCGGAACGGCCUACGUUCACGGCCUGCAGUUCGUCACCGGCAACUUCGUCAUCAUCAUGGACGCCGACUUCAGCCACCACCCCAAGUUCAUCCCCCAGAUGAUUGCCCUGCAGCAACAGGGCCGCUACGACAUCGUCACCGGCACCCGUUACGCUGGCAACGGCGGCGUCUUUGGCUGGGACCUGAAGCGCAAGUUUGUCAGCCGCGGCGCCAACCUGUUUGCCGAUACCGUGCUGCGACCGGGUGUCAGCGACCUGACGGGCAGCUUCCGCUUGUACAAGAAGAGUGUGCUGGAAAAGGUCAUUUCGAGCACGGAGAGCAAGGGAUACACGUUCCAAAUGGAGAUGAUGGUUCGCGCCAAGGCUAUGGGAUGCACUGUUGCCGAAGUGCCCAUUUCUUUCGUGGACCGAGUGUACGGCGAGAGCAAGCUGGGUGGCGAUGAGAUUGUUGAAUACGCCAAGGGAGUGUUUUCUCUGUGGCUAAAGGUCUAA